GGAGUAAACCGCAAGGUUCCUGUGAAGUUAGUUAGUUUGCUCUUUGUACAUAGUUCAGUUUUACCUUCAGCCAGGAAAGAUGAGUAGUGUGGUUUUGGUGACGGGGGCGAAUAGUGGUAUAGGUCUGGCACUUUGCAAACGCCUCCUCGCAGAAGAACCUGGUCUACAGCUCUGUCUAGCCUGUAGGAACCUGGGUAGGGCUCAAGCUGCUCGAGCCGCGCUCCUGACCUCUCACCCCAAAGCCCAGGUGGCCUUACUACAGCUGGACACAAGCAACAUUACCUCAGUCCUCAAUGCUGCCCAUGAGGUCAAACUCAGGUAUAACCGGCUGGGCUACCUCUACCUCAAUGCGGGCAUCAUGCCGAAUCCAGAGUUUGAUGUGAAAGCUUUUUUCAAAGGCCUCUUUUCCAGUAAAGUCAUCACCAUGUUUGCCACUGGGGAUGGGAUCCUGACACAGAAGGACAACUCGACAGCAGAUGGACUGCAAGAGGUCUUCGCUACCAAUCUCUUCGGUCACUUCCUUCUUGUCAGGGAGCUGAUGCCAGUCCUGUGUCAGGCUGGCCAAACCUCCCAGGUGAUCUGGACCUCAUCUAGCAAUGCUCACCGGUCAGCAUUCGACCUUGAGGACAUGCAGCAUCGGAAAGGCACCCAACCUUACAGCUCCUCCAAAUAUGCCUCUGACUUGCUCAGCCUUGCACUCAACACACACUUCAACAAACAGGGCAUGUACUCAUCAGUGAUCUGUCCGGGUUUCGUGAUGACCAACCUGACAUAUGGUAUCCUGCCCUCCUUGCCAGGCUUCAUCUGGACCUUGUUUAUGCCCAUCUUUUGGCUUAUCAGAAUUUGUACUAAUACUUUUACCCUGACACCUUAUAACGGAGCUGAGGCCUUGUUCUGGCUAUAUAAGCAAAACCCAGAGUCACUGGACUCUCGAGCCAAAUACCACAGCUUAACAUCUGGGCUGGGCAAUAACUACACAGAGCCGCGGAAGAUGGAUAUUGAUGAGGACAUGUCAGAGGCCCUGUACAAUGCAUUACUGGAACUGGAAGAUAGUGUAAAAAAGAUGCUGAAGGAAAAACCGUAGAGUACGUCGAUUUGGUCUCGCCCGGCAGUCUUGCAGUGCCUAACCUAUCACAAUGUGUGUUAAUCACCCCUAGGACUGAGACUGCUUUAUCCGUGCUUCACAGACAAUCAGGGUGGAACCAACAUUUCUGUGUGACUCCCUAGAUAAGACGUGCCUUUCUCGAACAUACCCAAAACCAUGUACGCUUGGAUUAAAAAAACAAAACAAAACU